GCUUCCACUAAGAGAAACAUACACAGUUAAUGCUUUUUCCAUUCACUAUGUUGUGUUUCCAAUGUAGUGUUUCACUGCUGUUUUUUGUGUUCAUUAGUUUUCAACUUUUGAGAUGAAUAAGGCUGGUUUUGAAUGAUUUUGUUCAUGUUUCCUAUCAGGAUAUUGCCACCUGUCACUAAAAUGUGCUUGUUGAAAUCAACUGGAGUAUCCCUCAUCCUGUCCAUACUUCUAUUCAUCGCAGACUCUUACCCAAGCAGCGACAAGACAAACAAUAAGUUUUACGUUGCAAGAACUCUUUUUGUUGAUGGUUUAUGUGUUCUGGAAACACAAUGACCAUGGGUUGUGAGGAAUGCACACUGAAACCGAACACAAUAUUCCCCAACAUCAUGCAGUGUACAGGUUGCUGCUUCUCCAGUGCUUAUCCAACCCCACUACGGUCAAAGCAAACCAUGCUGGUCCCCAAGAACAUCACCUCUGAAGCCACAUGCUGCGUUGCAAAAGAAGGGGAAAGGGUCACCAACAAGGAUGGCUCACCGGUGACAAAUCACACAGUGUCACUGCAGCACCUGUUAUUACCAUAAAUCAUAAACUGUCUUUAAGGGCUGGAAAUCUCCUUGUCGUAGAAGUAAAAGGUUGGCAACAGAUAUAUUUUGCGCUACUUAUUACUAAAGUUCCUUGUGUUUUAAGAGAAAUCCCAUAUUAGGAAAUCAUUGUGAUCCACAAAAGGUAAUAUUCUGCAGAUAAUAUUUAUAGUGCUCUUAUGGUUGCAAUGAUA